AUGAGUUGCAUUAAUCCCAUCAUUCCAGGUUUCAACCCUGACCCUUCAAUUGUGUGUGUUGGCGAGGACUUUUUCCUGGUCACAUCAACUUUCGAAUAUUUCCCAGGAAUUCCCAUAUAUCACAGCAAGGACCUGGUUAAAUGGAUAUUGAUAGGCCAUGCAUUGACUAGGCCUAGUCAGCUACAGAUCCACACGCCCGAGCCGGGGGGAGGUGUCUGGGCAAGUACAAUCCGGUACCGCGAGGGUGUCUACUACAUCGUGGCAGCAAGCUUUCAGCGAUAUCGGCCUCAGUCGGAUGACCGAGUCUGGCCCCAGGGAUUUUGCGUUAGAACUCCCAACAUAUGGGACGAUGCUACAUGGUCCGAUCCGAUUUACUUUGACCAAGUUGGGUUCGAUCAAGACCUCUUUUGGGAUGACAGUGGCACGGUAUAUCUAUCUUCUACUUAUCGAAAGCUCGAACCUACGCCAGGCCCGAAAUUGAAAGAUUUUGCAAUCCAUAUUUGCACCGUAGACUUGAACACCGGGAGGUCUACCUCUGAGCCCAAGCUCAUCCGCGAGUCAUCAUCCGGCGUUGCAGAAGGAUCACAUAUCUUCAAACGUGGACGAUAUUGGUAUCUUUUCACCGCGGAGGGAGGUACCGAGAGUGGCCACUGCGAAUGGGUCAGUCGCAGCACGAGUGGUCCCAUGGGACCAUGGGAAGUGGGGCCUAAUAACCCUCUCUGGCGGAAUAGCACCGAAGACGAAGUCCAGAACACCGGGCAUGCGGAUUUGGUUGAAGAUCCCCGUGGCCAGUGGUGGGCCGUUGCACUAGGAGUUCGCCCCGUCCGACUGGAUGGCAGAUGGGAAGAAUCGGUGCUAGGGCGAGAGACAUUUCUGGCACCGGUGGAAUGGGUAGACGGUUGGCCUGUGAUCAAUGGGGGUGAAAAAUUCGGGUUGACUUCACACGGUUCCGGUCUUUAUCAGAUCGAGGCCGCUGUCACCUGGAGAGACGAAUUCGCAGGCCCUCGGAUGGCAUUGGGUUGGUAUCGAAAAAAUACGCCAUUGGUCAAUGAUUAUUCACUGACUGAGAGGCCGAAUCAUCUCCGCCUUUACGGAGGGCCUUACAAUCUGUCAGUGCCAGCUUGCCCAACGAUGUUUCUUCGAAAACAGACCUACCGGUGCUGUACAUGGGAGACCAGUCUGUCAUUCCAACCCACCUCAAAGCACACCGAAGCUGGGACAGUGGUCUGGAUGAAUUAUUUCACGUACAGCACCCUGGGGAUCCGCAAAGAUAACGCUGGGCGAUACCUUCGAUUCCAGCCACCAGAUGGGAAUUUUGCGGAUCACAGACUGGGGCCAGCGACGACAUUGACAUUGAUAGUUGAUUGUGGUGCUGAAUAUAAAUUUGGCUAUCUUGAAGACGCAGAGCCCGAUGUUCACUGGAUUGGCUCAAUCUCGAACGCAAGUAUAACAGCUCCACCGCCGGUUGGGGCAAAUUUCACCGGCGUGAUGUUGGGGAUUUACGCAUUUGGAGAGCGUCAAAGAUGCCUUGUACCAGCCGAUUUUGCAUAUGCUGAGUUCAGAUAG